UGUACAAUAUAAUUUAUCUAUGUGUGGGUUUGUCGGAGAUAUGAGGAUAUGUCUACGAAUAUAUUGGUCCACAGGAACGCAAAGUAGUGCUGAGCGCUUUCUUGAAUUGUUCAUUUAAGAAUUGAUUAGUCAUCGAUCCAGAUGAGCUUCUUUUUAACGCGGCGUAGAAAAUUUGUAAGGUAGUGAAAGCACCUACAUCCCACUGGAAUAAUAUUAUGUUCAUCGGUGCCAGAUAUUGAGUCGGAUUGUUUUUGUUGACGUCUUCGGGAACGCAAUUUGCAAGCUACAAAACAAUGGCAGGAUCGGGCGCCAUUGUGUCGAAGAAGACCGUCGGAGAUGGCUUUGAAUUGGAGUCGCAAUUUAUUUUACGCGUGCCAUCAGCAGUCGCCGAUGAUUUACGUGAAGCGGUGCGUCAAGGCAACUCAAACCUUAAGGAGCGCCUAGCCAUUUCGCUCGAGUCUACCAACCGGACGGGUCUCGUUCGGUUUGAUGCUUGGCACCUUCCAUCCCGAGUCUUUGAUCUUCCUUGUGUAAUCGAGUCCCACAAAACACUCGAUAGGAGGACCUUCUACAAAACAGCUGACGUCGCUCAAAUAAUGAUCUGCUACGAACCAGGUGAUGAGCCGAAAUCCGAAGAUGAAGCUCCACUACGCAAGCGUAAAGAUGCUCUUGCAAAGAAAUACUUAUUUCCUCAUGGGAUUACUCCGCCACUGAAAAAUGUUCGGAAGAGACGUUUCCGAAAAACACUUAAAAAGAAGUACAUUGAUUUCCCUGAGAUUGAAAAAGAGGUUAAACGCCUCUUCCGAGAGGAUAAUGAAGCAGAAAGCGUGCGUUACGAGGUAAUUCGUGCCGAGGACGAAAUGAAAACCGAUAUUAGCGGAGCGAUUCAAGUCACCAACCACCCUGGCAGAGAUCACGCUGCAGGAUCGAGUGGUGUCGGAGAUGAGGGCGGUGGCGGGGACGGAAUUCUGGACGUCGGUGAGCACGAUUUAUUUGGCGAGCCGCUCUCAUCAUCGGACGAGGACAACGAUAAUCCGACUAUAGAUAAAGAUCCAGAUGGGGAUGCAGAUGGCGAGGAAGGCGACGAUGGUGAUGAUCUGGGCGAUGCAGACGGACUGCUCAAUGUGAAUGUCGAUUCCACAGACGACUCUCGCAGCCCUUCCAAGAAGAAAUCACUUCUGAGUGGCGUGGGAACGAGCAGCCGAAGCAACAAAGAUUCUUUGCUGCAAGAAGGAUCGGGAGGUGAUAACGAUGACAACGCAAAAGAUUUUGUCACUGACUUCUCGCAAGGUCUCGUCGAUGGAGAGCAUAUGGGUGGCGAAGAAAGCAAUUUGUCCAUGGUUGGCCCUUCGACAUCGGAACGCGGUUACGAGGAAGAGGCUGAAGCAGCGCGUGCCCUGGAAACAGAUUUUGCCAAGGAGGACGAUGUUUCACAGAACACAGGCCUGCUUGAAAGGCUGUCUGAACUAGAACGAGAAAUUGCUAGACUGGCGGAGUUACGUCGCGUUCAAGAAGAGGAGAUAGCAGGCAUCGAGAACAUGGCUUUGCGUCAAAGGUUCCAGUCCCUUCUUCAGAAUACGAAGCUUGAGCAGGCCGAGAAACAGCGCGAAUAUGAUAAUAUUGUUCAAUUGCUGCAUCAAGAUUAGUGGCCAUUUGAAGCGAUACGAAGAAAAACAACAGAACAGACACGUUUCGGUUUUCUCCAUUGCUGCAGUCACAUAAAUGAGAAAAACCUCGCACAUUGUAUUGUGACAAACAUUAUAUUAUUGAAGGAACAACCUGGCCUACUGAAAAGCCGGCAUUUUCUAAAAUGGCUAAUAUCGUUUAGUGUUCUUGUGGAUCAGGCCACUGAAUAACAUGCCUGUAUAAAACAUUUUGAAUUCUACCUCUUUACAGUUAAUAUUUAUAUUCUUCGCUUGUGAAACGUCAUUUUUCUUAAUAAUGCGAGUAUUGAAUACAUUUAUUGGUUUAUUAACGAUAACUAUUGGUUUAUUUCUAUCCAGAAAAUAGAACUGAGAAGCUAGAAAGCAGCUAUAUUGGGAUGAUAUCUACAGUAGAUUGCACAGUUACGUGUGACUGUAAAUUACCUCUCUGUCUCAUUGUAUAUAUUACUGUAUAAAAGAUUUGAAAAAAACUGAAUAAACGCAUAUUCGUACUACGUUCUUAGGUUUAAAUUUAAUGUCAAAUUAGUUUAAUGUCAAAAAUUAGUUACUUUAUACGAGGAAUCAUCGGUGAGCUUUGUUUUGUGGAUUGUAACAACCGGGAUUGUCGGAAUGCACAACGACACAAAGGUCGCUUAUCACUGAAUCUUCUGAAAAGCGGAAUUCAAUAUCACCUAUUUAUAAAAAUAACAGAUUGUCAGAGGAGUUUAGAUAAAGGCAAGUGCAAAACGAUUUAUGUCUUGUGUGGUCUAAAAUUAAACUGGUUUAAUUUGA